UGGUGGUUCUCUACGUCACAAUCUUCUCUACAGCAGGUGUCGGAAUAAGUCCUGCUACUGGGUCGGACUUGAGCGUGACAAACCAGAGAGAUCCCAACUCAUGCCUCACGACGGAAAGAUGAUGUACAGAGGCAGCUCCGUUACUACAGUGCUGGUGGUUCUCCACGUCGCAAGUUGCUGUGCUGGAAUACGUCCGACGUCUGGGUCGGACCUGAACGUCACAAACCAGGUCAGUGACAAACCCAGCGAUUCACUACCGGGGAUCCGGAAUGGGACGUCUGACAACUGUACUUCUGCAGCUAGUAACAGCACUGGCGUAGGAGAAAAUAUCACUUCAGGCGUCCAAUGCCCGAGGGAGAUCUCAUCUUCCUACUCUUUGGAAAAGUACCGCACUUCCUAUUCUUUGUUUUUGGUAGGCAUUACUAUGUGUCUGGGCGUUUGGUCUGUUGUGGCAAACAGCCUCCCGCUAGCAGCCAUCAUCAAGCAUGAACAACUCCACAAGCCAGUCUACAUCCUCAUGGCUAAUCUUGCAGCAGGCGAUGUUUUGACCGGCAUAGCUUUCGUGAUUGGGACUAGUUCGCAAUUGUAUGUCGCUUUUUCGGAGACUGUUCCCUCUGAUUUCAUGUUACGUCUCAGGUUGUCAUUAAUCCUACUAACCGGGAUGUCCUCUGCCAACGGUCUCAUGGUCCUGACGGCUGAGCGCUACUGGUUCAUCGUGCGCGGGAUGAGUUACGUCGCCAACGUCACCAAUGACAAGUGCAAGGUCGUCAUCGUUGUCGUGUGGGUUUGGUCACUGCUGAUGGCGAUACUGCCUCAGCUUGACUCAAGCUGUGCAGGGCGUUUUGACGACGCAUGCCUUCCAAUAGGUGCCGGAUUGUCCCGAAACUACGUGAUCGCUGUCCUCGUGUUUGUUUUCAUCCCGAUGGCGGCAAUCUUUCUCUUCAACCUGGGCAUCUUCUGGUGUCUGUGGAAGCACGUGAACGCCAUCGCUGCACAAGAAGCCGCGGUGGGAGCCCAGCCGAGCGUCAACAGGAAAUCUGCCAUCACCAUCGUCAUCAUCACCAUCGUGUUCCUGGUGGGAUGGAUGCCGUUCUUCGUCAUGUUGGCUCAGAUGUCUACAGACAUGGUCUCUGUGUAUAACACGAUGAUCUUCAUCAUCUUGAACUCUGCCAUCAACCCCGUUAUCUACGGAUUUCGUCUGAAGGAAGUUCGUCGCGGUGUUGCACGACUCUUCGUAAACAAUCAGUAGUGGAGACACCAAAUUAGCCUUAAGUUUGGACAGAGGAACCAUUCUACCAUUUAAUGUCAAAAUCCUGUCGUUUGUAGACUUCUUUUCCUUGUCAAAUAUUUCAGAAGCAAAAGAACAAGAACCGCAGUUGAGGACCACGGACUAAGAGUAAAUACAUUUCUUUUGACCUUUUUUUUUAAAACUAUGAUUAACGUCAUGAAUAAGUUAGAAUGCAUACGACAAUAGACAAUAAUACAAGUGUUGUGGGUCGGUAGGAAUUGUCUUUUAAUUCUUAAUUUUUUAUUUUAUUUCAUAGGCUUCGUUGACUGAAGUGGUCCAACUAAACAGUUUGAUAAUGUAAAAUGUAAUGCACCAGGUUUCAAAGUAAACUGAUAUGGGCAUUGGGUGUCCCGGUUUUCCAUUUCAAGUCCUACAAGAUGAUUUUUACGAAUAUUUUUCAUUUGCCCCAAGCGAUGAAACAGGCAUUUUCAAACACACAAUUACACGGUCUAAUAAACAUAUUUAGAUCAACACAUAUAGCACUUAAGCUCAGAACAAUGACUGUUUUUUGUCAUCGGGAGUAACGUUUAAUUGGACCAAUUGCAAGGUGGGUUGUUACACUGAGUCUGGCUACUCUAUUCUUCGGACGCAGCCCUCCGGCAGUGUAUAUGUUACACAAGGUGUGCACCAUCUGUACCUGUAUCGGUAUAGCCGGUACGGUAUAACCGCCCUUCGGCGUAACACACCAGCUUA